GGACACUCCACAGCGAGCUGCAAUGUCAGAAUUAAAAAGUCAAAAAGAAGAAGGUUUUCUCAUUAUGCCUGCCUCCACCGCUGACUGCGUAGAGGCCGCCCCCCUCGCCAAUUCGGAAGGUCACACCCGCGUCGCCCUCAUCGACACCUCUGGCUACGCCUCCGACAUGAACAUUUCUGCCCUCGUCCCUCAACACGCCAUGAAGCCCUACCGAGUGUUGGCGGCCAUGGAAAUUGUGCGCGCGUUAAAGAUGGACGCACAUUGUCGCACCGUGGUGCCGCCGCUCGUGAAGGUGGAGGAGUUAAUGGAGUACCAUACGGACACGUAUUUAGCAAACAUGGGUCUGCACAGCUGCCGCAGCUGGCUGUGGAACACGGAGACGUCGAAGGCGGCCUUCUCGGGCGACUGCCCUCCAGUGGAGGGGUUGAUGGAGCACUCCAUCGCGACAGCCAGUGGGACGCUCAUGGGGGCGGUGCUGCUGAACAGCGGUGCGGUGGACAUCGCGGUGCACUGGGGCGGCGGCAUGCACCACGCCAAGUGCGGAGAGUGCUCCGGAUUUUGCUAUGUGAACGAUAUUGUGCUGGGGAUUUUGGAGCUUUUAAAGUGUCACGACCGGGUGCUCUACAUCGACAUCGACAUGCAUCACGGCGACGGCGUGGACGAGGCGUUUUGCCAGAGCGACCGCGUCUUUACGCUGUCCCUGCACAAAUUUGGCGAGAGCUUUUUUCCAGGCACGGGACACCCACGCGACGUUGGGUACGGGGCGGGUCGGUACUUCAGCAUGAACAUUGCGGUCUGGGACGGCAUUACGGACUUUUUCUACGUCAACAUCUUCCAGCACGCUCUGCGCUGCAUUGCGGAGCGCUUCCACCCCGAUGUCAUCGUGCUGCAGUGCGGCGCCGACUCACUUGCGGGCGACCGUCUCGGUUUAUUAAACUUGACGUCGUUUGGCCAUGGGCGGUGUGUGCAGGCGGUGCGGGAGCUGCAGAUACCGAUGCUGGUGCUCGGCGGUGGAGGCUACAACAUUCGCAAUGUGGCGAAGCUGUGGGCGUACGAGACGAGCAUUUUAGCCGGUCACCCACUGCAGCCCAACACCGUGCUGCCGGUGACGGAUAUGCCGCUGAGCGGGUGGUUAUUUCAAGAUUCCCCGCUGCUGAUGGUGGCGCAGGAUCGGAGUAAUCACCCGCUGCCGGGUCUGCACUGCCAGCGCGCGUAUCAGGUCAUUAUGGAGCAGAUUGAUCGGCACGUUCCUCAUAUUCGGCCGCACCCGCGAUUGCAGAGGGAGACGCAGGAGGGCGCGGUCAGCGGCACCACAGCAGAGGGUGUAGAGGUGAAGUCUGAAGCCACGACCUCGUAA